GAUAACUUCUGACAAGUAACGCUCUUAAUAUCGAAAAACGAUAGGUCCCGAUAGGCCCAUUUUGUUCCUGGUUAUCCCAAUCUUCUCGAGCUUUCCCAGGACCUGGUCAAGAUGCCCAUCACCGGGCUGUGCAUCGAGCUGCGCCCCAACCUACGCAGCGGCGUGGCCUUCCUGCAAUUCGACCAACAGGUUUCGCACAGCCACGAGACGCGCGUCAUCAUCCGGGACUACAAUGUUUACAUCAGCGAGAAACCCGAGAAUCGAGCGAUCGACUCGGAUUCCAGCUCCGAAAGCGACAGCGAGGACUCCGACGAGCUGCUGCUCAUCCGGCAUGAUCAGUACGGUAUGGACAUUGGCUGCCUGUCCACGUUCUUUGUCAGUGGCAGCAACAUCAGUUUCCGCUUCAACUACAACCAGAUUGAUCUGACCAGCGUUGAUGGAAGCGCUGUCGAGGUGCCGCUGGCGCCACUGCUCCUCACAUGCCAGGAGAACGAGGCCAUCACUAUCAACUGUCGCGAUUGCCGUGCGGAAUUGGUGGCGGCCCAAAGCUAUCGCAGGCUGAGGGAGUUCCCCAGCUUUUUGGUGGAUCCCAGUGAGUUCUUUUGCCACAAUCAUGGACCAGCGGGCAAGACCCAACCAAUUAGCUUGGUGCCCGCCGAAACGGAUCUCUUCUAUGGCCUCAACUAUGUGGUCAUAAACUUUAACGAAGCGAAUUCGCGCAUGCUCAAUCGCGAUGAUCACUUGUACUGCAAGCGCUGCAUGCGUUUUUUGGGGCUGACCAUGUUCGAUGGCGCCGCCGCUCGCAUCUGGGCAGAUGCAGUGCGUUGGCUUCCCGCAGGAGCGGCGGCCACUGCCCCCGACCGCCACUUCUUCCAGAGCUCCGCGCUGACGCAACUGGUCAAGCGUCUGCUGUACUCGCUGUGGCCUCAACCGUUGCCUCAGCUGUGUUUGACCACCAGUCGUGCGGUGCUGGUCACCUCGCUGCCCAACCGGAAGCAACAAUACAUGUUUUUGCACGUGGUGGAGUCACAGCUGCGUGUGCUGCGUCCCAUUCGCCCGGACUCAAACCGACUGCGCUGCUUUCGCGCGUGCAAGCUGUAUUACGGCGUUUUUGGAGCCAAUCCACCGCUGCUAGAGAAGUGGCAGGCGCAGCAGACGCUGCCCCAGAUGGAUGUAUCGCCGAACAUGUUUCUGGAGCUUCAGCAGCGGCUCGAGACGAACGGCCACUUGAUUCCGGACGCCUGGCGCGUGAACUGUGCGGAGGAGCAGCUGCAGCUGUCAUACUUCUUCUAUGAGAACGAGGAGCAACCUGACGGCGGGAUCGUCACCUCGGAUGAGUUUUCAGAACAAAAGAGUCAGCUGAAUGGCAAGCAGCACAAGGAGGAAGAUCCGUACGAGACGGAUGCAGGACAUGCCAGCGAGAGCGAUGACGAGUACUCGGAUACGGACACAGCUUCGGAGGAUGCAGCGGUCCACUCGCUCGGCAAGCGGACACUUCUCAAACGCAGCCCCACGCCGCCUCGCGUCAAAAUGGCCACCUCCUCCCCGUUCGCCUCGCCGGAGGACAAGUAAUUCCGCCAACCUAAUUCAAAAUUCAAGCAUAGCUUGUAAGUUAGAAACGCUGUACAAAGGCGAUAGAAUCAAUCCUAGCCGACUUGGCCCAGUAACUUGUCGAGAAACACUGAUUUUGGUAUGAUUUCUUUAAGUUCCCCCUUGAUAAUCAAUUCCAUCCAAAAUACUCAGCUAUGUCUUUGAUUGAAGUCUUCAUGUCCUUUGCUUGUAUAUAGUUUGUUGUAUAUAGGCUUAGAAAGAAUUAACAGCGCGCGGAAUUAAUAACGCCAAAGAAUACGUUUUGUUUUGUGGAGAAAA